UGCCGGUUCAGAUGGGGUUGUGCGAGUCGGUGCUGGAGACGGGGCUUGGUCUUUGCACUCUCCCCGCCGCCCCACUCCCAUCCCUCACCCUCUCCCUGCAGGACCCUCCCGAAGGGGACAGGAGACCCUGACUCCCUGCUCCCCGCCAUCGCCAGCUCCUGCUAUCACCCGGCCCGGCCUGGACUGAGACUGGGCAGGUCACAUCUACGGCCAGGAAAGAAAACAAUGACACGUUGGGCUCGUGCUAACAACAUCCAUAAAAAGAAGGUCCUGGAAGCCACACCAUGGAGUCAGUUGAAACAGAAUGAUGGUAGAGACCCCAGUAAGACAAUAGUGAAAAACAGUCGGGGUGAAAAGCAGCAAGCCAAGGAUGGGAGAAUUCCAAACAAAUCAAAACGGAAGGAAAGUGAAUGGUAUCAUAUCAAAGAAGAAUAUCACAGUGAAGAUGUUAAUGGGUUUAUGGAUUACCUGAAAGAAACAGGUCAGGUUCUCCACAAAGGAACAUUGGUGGCAGCAGACAGUGAGAAGUUAAAAGUUGAUGCAGCAUUAUCUCUAAAGAAGGACCAGAGACGGGAGCACAGAAGAUUGAAGAGGCAAAUGCAAAAGAAAAAUGCCAUGAUAUGUUUCCACUGCAAAAAAACAGGACAUGGAAUGGACCAGUGUCCAGAAAUGGACAGAGAUGACAAAGAGAGUGGAAAUGGUAUCUGUUACCGAUGUGGUUCCACAGAACAUGAGAUCCGCAAAUGCAGAGCAAAGGUUGACCCUGCUUUAGGAGAAUUUCCAUUUGCAAAAUGUUUUAUUUGUGGUGAAAUGGGACAUCUUUCAAGAUCCUGCCCAGAUAACCCAAAAGGACUAUAUGCAGAUGGUCGCUGCUGCAGGCUGUGUGGCUCAGUAGAGCACUUUCAGAAGGACUGCCCAGACCACCAGAAUAUGAAUCAUUCUGUUUUAACUGUUGCCCGAUGGACAGAAGGAAUGAGUGCUGAUUACGAAGAAAUCCCAGUGACUUCAAAUACUCAUAAAGCAAAGCCUAAAGUUCCAAAAACUGUGAAUUUUUAAAUGGAUCUUUGAAAUGAGAAUUUCAUCGAUUUGCUUGUAUGGGAAUCCAGCAACUCAUCGCAAGAAUGCUCGUGUUUUGAUUUAAAAAUGUAAAUGUUAUGUUGAAAUGGGAAGUGUGAAAAAAUUCAAUUUAAUGCCAGCAGGUGGGGCUAUUGUGUGCCAAAUCCAGGCCUGAUGCAAUUUAAAACUGUUCAUUGCUCCUAAUUCUAAUAAAUGAUUGUAUACAAUUGCA